ACCUUUGUUCUUUUUCAGUUUCACCUCCUUCUGUGGAUUAACACCUGCUGAGCAAUGCAGACAGCCAUACCUCUGAGCGAGAGCUCAAACGAUUGAGGUCUCCCCACCUCCCCCCAUUUCCUUUUUCUCUGGGUCCUUGUAGCGUGGAAAUGGAAAGAGUGCAUGUUUUUCCCAACACUUUCUCAAAGUGUUUCCAAAACGGCCACCUCUGACAAAUGCACCGUGUUUCAGAUGGGGAAUUUACCCACGAGACUGGAAACCCCAACCGCUGGCUCCCGCGAGUGGGUGUAGCGGUGAGGACUCCAGCGGGGGAGGCGGGGAGCGGCGAGGAGAGCCACUGCAGCAGCUCCUGGGGCGGGGACCGGCCGCGCCUUCUAGGCUUCUAGCUCCUUUAGCGAGAACCCUCGGGCUUUCCAGCUGAGGCCGGCCAUCCCGCGCGGCAGGGAGCGACCAUGCAGAGGCUGGUGUUCGUUGGGCUCUUGUGUCAUCUGUCUGCCUACAGACUGAUUUGGUUCUUCGCAGCAGUGAGGCUCUGCAGGGCGGCCCAAGUGGUGACCCAAGAUGAAGAAGAGCUGCUGAACACACCUGCUUCCUUAAGAUGCUCUCUGCAAAAUUCCGAGGAAGUCUUGAUUGUGACAUGGCAGAAAAUCAAGGCUGAAAGCCCAGAAAACAUGGUCACCUUCAGCAAGAACCAUGGGGUUGUAGUCCAGCCUGCCUAUAAGGACAAGAUAAACAUCACCCAGCUGGAACUCAAGAACUCAACCAUUACGUUCUGGAAUACCACCCUGGAGGAUGAAGGGUGUUACAAGUGCCUCUUCAAUACUUUUGGUUCCGGGAAGAUCUCAGGAAAAGCCUGCCUCACCCUCUCUGUACAGCCCACAGUGUUCCUUCACUAUAAAUUUUUCGAAGACCACGUAAAUAUCACUUGCUCUGCCAAUGCCCGCCCAGCCCCUGUGAUCUCCUGGAAGGUCUCUGGGUCAGGGAUUGAAAACAGUACUGAGAUUCUCUCACACCCCAAUGGGACCACGUCUGUCACGAGUGUCCUCCAGGUCAAAGACCCCAAGAGCCAGGUGGGGAAGGAGGUAAUCUGCCAGGUGCUACACCUGGGGACUAUGACCAGCGUCAGGCAAACUUUGGACAAAGGCUUUUGGUUUUCAGUUCCACUAUUGUUAAGUAUUGUUUCCCUGGUCAUUCUCCUGGUCUUAAUCUCAAUCUUAUUAUACUGGAAACGUCGUCGGAACCAAGACCGAGAGCCCUAGAAGACUCACACAGAACCCUGAAUAUUAUGUCCUGGUCUACUUGAAUCUGAUUCAUGAGAAAGGCAGGAGGAAAAGGGUCAUUCUCCAAGAACAAAAGAGGUAGGGGUAAAAGACCUAAGAAUUUCAAGAUUUCCUUCUGCCGUGUAAGCGACCCAGUGCUGGUGCAUGUUCCAAAAGGAAGUCAUUUCACCUCUCAAGUCUGUUGUAGGACUUGAUUUUGUGAAGUAGGGCAGUGUUGUCCUGUUGAAUGGACUCUGGAUCAGUAGCCACAACUCAGAGACUGACUCUGGCUCCAGCUGAUGGCAGCCCCACAUUCAUCACUUUAUCUCAAUGAGCUUCCACAUCUGCAUCCAGAAAAUUAAGAAGUUGGACCAGAUAAUUUGCCAUUCUGCUCUAAAAACUGAUGUAAUUCCAGGAAAGAAAAUGAAUAAUGAAAUGAAAAAGAGAAAGGAGAAUGCAGAAAGGUGUUGAGGACCAAAGAACUUUUCUGAGACUACCUUUAACCUUUCUGUUGAUGUUCCUUCUCUUCUUCCAUAUUGUUCUUAGGUCCGUGAGUCUGUUUUUUCAUGUGUUUCUUCACUGCAUUGUUAAUAGCUGGUCUUUCUAAAGUCCUUGGUUUCACUGCUAUAUUUCAUGUUCUUUUGUGACGUUUACCACAAUGAAUGUGGGACUGAAUUUAUUGCAAAAUAACAUCGGCAACCUUAACUUUACUUAUCUAUUUUUAUAGAAGAAUAAGUAUUGUUAGUCCAACAGCUCGCAUAUUUAAAAAAGUUUGCAUUUCCUGUCCCAUUUGACUCAUAAGAUGUCAGUCCUAUUUUAGUCGUUGUGAAUUCAAACUUGUGUAAUGAAAACAUAGGAUAAGAAUAGGCAUUUAGGAAGUUUUGUAAAUAACAGUCAGUCAAUUCAAAUGCUUUUCUCUCCUGUCUUCUUUUCUCAUGAGUUAACUUCUCAUAAUAGCAGAGAAGGCAUGUAUGGGUUUAUAGAUCCCUUUGGUCUAAAUAUAUUUCCCUUUCCUUUCCUUUCCUUUCCUUUUUAUUUAUUUAUUUUGAGGGGGGAUGGGACAGAGAGAGAGACAGAGAGAGAGAGAGAGAGAGAGAGAGAGAGAAACUCAAGCAGGCUUCAUGCCCACCACCCUAGGAUCAUGACCCAAGCUGAAAUCAAGAGUCAGACACUCAACCAACUGAGCCACCCACGUGACCCCUAAAUAGAUUUUUCGAACUAGUGGAACAAUUUUGAACUCUUAUUACUCACAAGACCAAAUUAGUGACUUUUUCAGUAUUGCCUGCUUCCUUCUCUCUACUCCGUGACUAAAACUUAACUUGUUUUCACUGUUGAAUUGGAUAUUUGUAUAUUUAAGCCUUUCAUAUGUUAUUUAAUUCUGUAUUAUUUCAUAUAUUUGUAUUAAAAUACUGAAUGAUUAAAAGUAAAAGUGUCAAGGCUAAAUAUUUGGUUCAUGAUACUCUUUUGGGGAAUGUGGUAGACAUUAGUGAUAAUCUUUAUACUUUCCCUCUGUGUGUGAAACCCUCCCCUCCCAUCUAUCUCUCACCCACUAGAAGAUGCCACUAACAUUUCUGAUUAGUCACAAAGUCACAAAUCAGAUAUCCCUGAUCUAGCCAGAGGGAGCUCUGUCAGUUUGGUAACUGUGUCCAUUUGAUGUGAUAUGGUCAAUUUUGGAGCACUUCCUUGCAUGUGCUCUUUUGAUGUUGCUUUUUGACACCAACCUUUGCAAACUGAUUAGCUUACACAGUUUUGAAUUGAAUAGGAGCCACCACCCUGCCUCUCGUUUUGUUGCUUUACUGUAUCUUUGUAUCUCAACUGCCAGAUCAGGCAGGAUAGCUAAAGCAGCAGUUCUCAAAAGUUUAGAACAUCCCUAAAAACAUUAUUGAGGACUCCAAAGAACUUUCUGGUAAAGAGAAGUGUUUGCCAAUAUUUACCACAUUUGAAAUUAAAACUUACAUAUUUGAAAAAAAUAUACAAGCAUGUAUUCUAUUAGCCAUCAGAAUGAUGUCAACAUUACACAUCGUGUAGCUUCUGGAAAAUUCCACAGCACGUUUGAGAAAAUGAAAGUGAAAUAGGCAAAUGAUGUUUUUGUAUGAUGGUGACAAUAGUUUUGACCUUGUGGGCCCCCUGAAAUGGUCUCAGGGACAAUAUUAAAGACUGAUCCUGUAAAGUAUACGCAAAGACGGAGACCACCUGAUGAGAAGAUUCUGUGAGUCCUUCCCAAGGAAACUCCUUGUUAAACAGGUAUCUUCACAGUGCCUAAACAUUUCAUCAUUUCAUCAUACCUUAGUGCAGAGAACCCUAGGACGAAUCCUUCUUUGUCACUAAUCCAGGAGUACCUCAGAGAUAUUGUGGUUUGGUUUCAGACCUCUGCAAAAAAGCAAAUAUCAUUA